AUGCACUUCCAAUAUCAAUCUAUCUGCCGUGGCGGACAUUCAAUACUUGAAGAAAUUAGGAAGGCAGGCUGUACUGAUCCACAAAGAUUCAUCGCUUUCUAUGCGCUCCGAACAUAUGACAAAAUUGAUCAUAAUGCUGUUAAAGGAGGGUUGGGUGUACUCUCGGAUGAACAUGGUGCCCCAAGCUUAAUUGAUGAAGUCACUUCUGAUCCGGUCGAUGCAAAAUCUUUGUUUGAAGUAGAUCCUUCUGGAAUUUAUGUAACUGAGGAGCUUUAUAUUCACUCAAAACUCUUGAUCGCUGAUGACAGGAUUGUAAUAGUUGGAUCUGCGAAUUUGAAUGAUAGAUCACAGAAUGGUGAUCAUGACUCUGAGAUUGCCGCAAUUAUUGAAGACAAGGAUUAUAUACAAUCAAGGAUGGCUGGCGAAAGGUGGGAGGCCGGAAAAUUCGCAGCCACACUUCGACGUGCGAUCUUCAAAGAACAUCUUGGUCUGGAAUGUGAACAGGAUCAUGAAAAAAUAACUCAUCUUAGUCACCCUCCACCAAUUGAUGCCGGUUUUCAUCCUCAGGAGCUCAGUGAGGCAGACAGAAAAGUUGUCGAUCCAGUUGAUGAUGAUUUUUAUUAUAACCUCUGGUUACGCACUGCUGAAACCAACACCGCGGCCUUCCGUAACGUUUUCCAUUGCGUUCCUGAUGAUUCAGUUACCAACUGGGAUGAAUACAAGGCGUUUGUUCCUGAUCAUUCAAAGAUUCCAAUUGGUCAUAUAUGCGAGUCAGCGAGAGAAGAUGCGACUAAAACUAAACAGGAAUUGGCUAAAGUUAAGGGUCACUUGGUCGUGUUCCCAUUGGAAUUUUUGAAGAAUAAAAAGUUAUCCGGAUCUGUUGUGUUCGACGCAGUCACACCCAUGGAAUUAUUCACCUAA